AUGGACAAAGAAUGUCUCAGAGAUAUUGUACGUUCCCAUAACAAUGAAAUGCUUGAAUUUGUUUUAGAUAGAAAUUUAUUUACAUGUCAAGAUUUCGAUGGAAAAGAAACUAUUUACGAAGAUAUAAUCAAAUACCAAAACUUGAAAGCUGUAUUUCUACUAUUCGAGAAAGAGAGAAACUUCAUAGUUCCUUGGUGUGCGGCGUUUCCUCAAACAAUAGAUAUUCUCAAAAACGAAAAACUUCCUGAUAAAAUUGAUUUCCGAAAGAGAAACAUUCUACAUUAUGCAUCCAUGUCACAAAAUUCUGAUAUCUUCAAAUUUUUAUUUAACUCAACAAAGAAUUUUGAUGUCAAUUAUCAAGAUGAAUAUAAUAUGACUGCUCUUCAUUACGCCGCAAUGUAUAAUAAUAUAGAAGCAGCAAGAAUUCUUAUUUCACACGGUGCGGAUUUCAAUACUAAAAUUACUCUAUUUUAUCUGAUCACAAUCAUUGUUAUAUCACAUUAUCUUUCAUUUCAUAUCAAUCAUUAUUAUCUGAAAUUUUCUUUCAUUUGA